CCUUCUCUGACUCUCUCGCCACCUCUCUGUCUCUGACUCGCAGGAAAACUCGUACUUUUAUACCGAGGCUAUAUUUAGGGGCUGGUGGGUGCGCGGCGUCCCCAUCCUGGACGAGCUUCCUUCCCCCAGCCUCGCAUUGGUCUGAUUUGUGCAGCGAACGAUAUUUAUAAGAAAAGCAGCUCCUUCCAGACGCACAGCUGCACAUGAGAGAGGGGACGACGCGACCUGUAGCUUUUUCUGGAGACUCGGCGGACUCUGGUGAUUUUCUUUAAACAGAGAAAGUGUCCUUUCUCAAUAUUUGAGGGAUUUCCUUUUUUCUUUUUCUAACAAGGCAUGGAAAUGGCCUUGAGUGGGACCAUUUUACCAUCAAUCUCUACAUUUGCCAGCCAGAAGGAGAAAUGUUGGGAAGAUAGGUGGAAGGGCGACAUGAGCGGCGUUGCGCCCGACUUGGACAGCAGCUGCCUGAGCAGAAAAGACGAAGAGGAACUGGAUAAGUUCUUGGAUCUUGAGUUUAUUCUCGCGAACACCGCUGGCUCUGACGGUGCGCCGGCUGCCGGGACAGGGGUAGAGUCCUAUCGGCUCCAGGAAUCCGGGUCGUCCGUCUAUCACCACCAGCAGCAGCAGCAGCCGCAGCAGCCGCAGCAGCAGCAGCAGCAGCAGCACACCGAGAUGCCCCAGCCGCAGGCCAAUUACUCGCCUGUCCCAGACAUGAACUGCCCUCCGCCGCCCUACAACAGUCUGAUGGCGGAGCUCCUUCGCUCCGACGUGGAUACGAGCUUCCUCCCCGGGAACAGUCCCGGCAUCCAAGGCCGAUUCCUGAUCAGCUCCACGCCUUUCCAGACCACUCAGGAUUUAUUCCCCGAGCAUCCGAGCAUUAAAGUGGAGCCCGUCUCCAUGGACACGUACGGACCUGUAAUGGGUCUGGUGCCCCAGAGCUGCACCAAAAUCAAGCACGAGGGGAACGUCUCCUGCAUGAUGUCCUACGAGCAGCAGCCGCGACUGGCCAACUCCCCGCAGGCUGCGGUCGGCAGCAUGACGCCGCCGCUCAGCCCGGACGACCUGAUGAGCUCCGAGUGCCACCAGCCCCAGAUGCGCAACUCCACGUCGCUGACGUUCCCACAGAGCUUCCACUCCCACCACCGCAGCGCGCCCGGGGGAUUCCCUCACCCGCACGCCGGGCUGCAGCUCCCUUUCACGGCGGCGCACCACCAUCACCAGUUCCCCAGCAUGUUCGGAGAGGACGCAGCCAUGGGGAUGCAGCAGCAGCCGGCGGCCGGCCAGCGGGUCCUGCUCACCCCACCGUCCUCCCCGCUUGAACUGAUGGACACCAAGCCAAAGAGGGGUCGCCGGUCCUGGCCGAGGAAACGGACUGCGACGCACACCUGCACCUUUACCGGCUGUGGGAAAACGUACACCAAGAGCUCCCACCUGAAGGCGCACCUCAGGACGCACACAGGAGAGAAACCAUACCACUGCAGCUGGGAGGGCUGCGGCUGGAAGUUCGCGCGCUCCGAUGAGCUAACGCGUCACUUCCGGAAGCACACCGGGCACCGGCCGUUCCAGUGUCACCUGUGUGAACGGGCGUUCUCCCGGUCCGACCACCUCGCCCUGCACAUGAAGAGGCACAUGUGAGGAAAGUCCGGAGGGACACAAGUGGAGCGGACGAGGACUUCUAUGCACCGCAUCGACCCGAUAAAGAGAACUAUAAUAAUCCUAUGAUCAACUAUAGAACAAUGCUAUGCAAAUAUAUAGAUGCAAGUUCCCAUAUGACUAUGAACUGUAGUGGUACCACGGCACGAUAAACAGCCGUACAGUAUGACUAGGCCACUAGCCUAUUGACUUCACUGUAAUGCCUACAGGUAUAUUUAUAGGAAUGUUAUAGUGAUUUUUCAUUGGGGCAGAAGGAGCAUCAAGACGAAACGCCUUCAAAUUAUAUUUGUAAAAAACAAAUAUCUAUUUAAAUGUUAUUUUUUGAGAGAAACGACACACACACACCACAAAACAAUGAGCAAAUAUAGCCAGAUAUGACCGAAACAGAUGAAUUCUGUUCAGACUUAUUUUUUCCUUUUUUAUGUUUUUUAACUAUGUAGCUGGUACUACUUUUUUUGUAUGGAAUGCUGCUUUUAAUUUUGCAGCAAAUGAAAGGAACAUUCCACUCAACAUGUCAGGCACAUGCAACUGAAGCAACUGGAAGCAGACAUUCCUUCGAGGAGCAAUGUUGUUGUUGUUGUUGUUGUUGUUGUUGUUGUUUCACAUUAGUGCCUUCUAUAAAGCAUUAUUACACAUCUUACAAGUGCCUUAUUCUUCACUGGCUAAAAGACAAUCAAAGUUUUAUUCUGUGUGUUAUAUUGCAAGUGUAAACUGCACGUGAAAUAAGCUUUGAGACAAUGUUUUGUUCUAAAACUGCCUUUCAUUCUGUCCUCCUUGAAGGCUUGAAUUGAAUGUCCUGUCUGUGAGUUUCUGUUGUCUACUAGCAUUUGAAGUCAGGGUCUCACAGUGGGACGUCUCACAGAAGUGCUUGCCAUCUCAAUGCCACCUGAUUGACAAAGGGCUACACAGUCUUUGGCAAUAUGACUUGUUUGUGUCUUGAAGAAAUGUAUUGCUUGUAAAUAGAAUUUUUUUAUAUAAUGUAAAUAUAAUGUUUAUUUUAAUGUACAUAUUAAACUAA